AGUUUUGGAGGUGGUGAAUUCGGGAGUAAUGUCGGUGGGCUGAAAUGACACAUUUAUUGUCUUAGUUCCAAAGGUAGAUGGUUCAACCAAGAAUACUCAGUUUCAGCUCAUUAGCAUGUAUAAUAUGGUCUAUAAGAUAAUUUCGAAAAAUGUUAAUCACGUGCCCAAAGGUUAUUUUGCCGGAGGUGAUUGAACAGACGAGAAGUGCUUUUGUAUCGGAUAAUAUUCUCAUUGCAUAAGAAUGCAUUCAUCGAAUCAAGAGGGAGACCAGUAAGAAUGGACUGUGUGGUGAAGCUCGAUCUUCAUAAAGCAUAUGUCCGGUCAGAAUGGUGUUUUAUGAGGAGAAUGAUGGACUGAACGGGUUUUGCUGACCGAUGGAUUCAAUUAAUAAUGAAUUGUGCCUCAUCAUAUGAGUACAAGAUUGGGUUUAAUGCGGAAGAAGAAAAAAAUAAAUACUCCAUUGAGAGGCUUACGGCAGGGUGGCUUCUUCUCGACGUAGUACAACACAAUUCAUGGGGUUCGUCGCCGAGGGCCUGAGGCGGAGUGCACGGGGUCGGCAGGUGCAGCGCCGGCGAGUUGGUGGAGUACGGCAGGGAGGUUGUGCAGCGGCGAGGAGGCGCCGUCUGCUUCCGCUUCCGCGCCAUGAAGGCGACGAUGUGCCAGUCCCGGCCUCGUCCAGAUCAUCCAUCGCCAGGCAAGCUGAGCUCUCCCUCCUCUCUUUUCCAAAUCCUAAUGCUUUGGUUUGCCACUGAUUUUUCCAUCAAAUCAAAAACACUAAAUAUGGCUUAGCUCCCCUAAACGUCCCGCUAUUUUGAUUUUAGUUUAGCUGAAGCUGAAACCAGGCUAGCGCAACACUCGACACGUAGCGUCGUCCUCUCGGUCACUUUCACCACCACCCACCAGCAGCAUAGCUUCCUCUUUUUCCAUAGAUGGAAUCAUGGAAGCUCAACCUCUCUCUCUCUCUCUUGCAGUGCACCCACCAUCAGUCCACCACCGCCACUAGUCCUCUCUCCCUUUGGGUCACUUCUGUGUUCCCUCCUCCGCCAUUUUCCCCAUCAGCUCUGCAAGCUGCGUGCUGACGCGGUCGAACCUUUCUUUGUUUGGAGGCUUUCUGUCCACCAGCGCAAGCUCGACACACACCAGUGUCUAUGAAGGAUAGCCUUGCCCUUGUGUGCUUUGCAGGGACUAGCAGAUAUGUUGAUCGAAACUCUUACCUUAGCUUGCUGUCUCUACUACCCCCCUGAUGUGAUUAGUAGAUGCAUGAUACAAAGAUUAUUCGGUGGAGCUCUGUGGCGUCCAGGUAGGAACGCUGCAUGCCGUCGCAAUGCACGAAGCUUUUUCGUUUGGAAUCUUUUUCCCAGCCACCCCACAGACGACACGGCCCUCUCCCUAGCCAUAUAGCUCAAGGACGAACCAGACCGAACAAUCUGAUUUGACUCACGUCACGUAUAGGCACAGGAGCAUCUAGGGCGUGCGUGCAAGGUUCAGCACGCAGCAUUUAACGUUGAGGCCCCGAAGCCAUUCUUGUGCUCUGCCCAUCUUUCUUUCUCUCACAAAUCCAACCGAGGGGAAGAAGCAUUUGCUGCUCUGCGCCGCCGCCACCACCCGGUCGCAGCUCAAGCCAUGGCAUCCUUCGCCAACCUCCUGAUCUCACUUUUCUCGCUCACCCUCAUGCUCCUGCAUGCUCCUGCACCUGUGGUAUGCGACGACCUAGGUGCAGGCCUCUCUCCAAGCCAUCGCACAUACAUUGUGCUGCUGAGGCCACCCGUCGACGCCGGCAGCGAGGACGACCACCGCUGGUGGCAGGAUUCUUUCCUGCCAACGCCUCUCGCCGGCUCCCAUGAGCCACGCCUCAUCCAUACCUACACCGAGGUCUUCACGGGGUUUGCUGUGAGGCUCACCGAAGCCGACCUCGCCAUGGUGUCCCAGAGGAAAGAGUUUGUGCGGGCGUUUCCAGACCAUCUCUGGCGCCCCAGCACUACUCACACUCAGAAGUUUCUCGGACUGGAGAAAGAUGCCGGGCUGUGGAGGGACACCAACUAUGGCCAAGGAGUCAUAAUCGGUGUAGUCGACACCGGCAUCUAUGCGGCGCAUCCUUCCUUUGAUGACAAUGGCAUCCCGCCACCUCCAUCAAAGUGGAAGGGUUCAUGCCAUGGUACUGCUGCUGCCCAUUGCAAUAACAAAUUGAUUGGUGCGAAGUUCAUCACCGUCAAUGACUCUGGAGAUGUCAUAGGGCAUGGGACACAUACCUCGUCCACGGCUGCUGGGAACUUUGUCAGUGGUGCCUCGGCACAGGGUCUCGGCAGGGGCACAGCAGCCGGGACUGCUCCACGUGCACAUCUGGCCAUGUACAGCAUGUGUACGCUUCGUGGGUGUGACUCCGUUGACAUCAUUGCGGGGAUAGAUGAAGCUAUCAAGGAUGGGGUUGAUGUGCUCUCACUCUCCCUUGCCCCUGUUUAUGAUGUUGAGUUCAGUGCAGACCCGGUAGCCAUUGGUGCACUCAGUGCAGUAGCAAAGGGCAUCGUUGUCGUGGCUGCAGUUGGGAAUAAUGGACCCAAAUCGUUUCUUGCAAAUUCUGCACCAUGGUUGCUCACAGUUGCAGCUGGCUCAGUGGACCGAAGCUUCGAGACUGUUGUGCAGCUUGGGAACGGCAAUUGCAUCAAUGGAGAGGCUUUUAACCAGAUUACAAACUCAAGCUCCAAGCCCAAAUCUUUUCCUCUGCAUUUGAAAAAGCAUUGCAAGUCAUUGCCUGGAAAAAAUGUGGCCGGCAAAAUUGUGAUUUGCCAUAGCACAGGACCAAUGAAUGACACUGGGCCAUCAAUCAACAAGACCGACAUCAGUGGCAUCAUUAGUGCCGGGGCGGCUGGUGUAGUGCUAAUAAACAGGAAAGCUGCUGGUUUCACCACCCUUCUCGAGGACUAUGGCAAUGUGGUGCAGGUGACUGUGGCUGAUGGCAACAAUAUCACAGAGUAUGUGAGGACAACAAGCAAAGCCAGUGCCAAAGUCAUAUACAAGAACACUGUGCUUGGCGUCCGUCCAUCUCCCACGGUCGCAGCAUUCUCAUCCCGCGGUCCCGGCACGUUCAGCCCCGGUGUGCUAAAGCCAGAUAUAUUGGCACCUGGGCUCAACGUCAUUGCUGCAAGGCCACCACUCACCAUGCUUGGAUCUGGGCCAUUCCACAUUAAAUCAGGGACGUCCAUGUCGACUCCACAUAUCAGUGGUGUCGCUGCGCUUGUCAAGAGCUGCCAUCCUGACUGGUCUGCUGCUGCUAUCAAGUCAGCCAUCCUCACCACUGCUGACAUCACGGACAGCACUGGUGGCCCGAUCUUGGACGAGCAGCAUGAGAGGGCAACCGCGUACGCCAUGGGUGCUGGCCAUGUCAACCCUACAAAAGCAGUUGAUCCAGGCCUUGUGUAUGACCUUGGCAUUACUGAAUAUGCCGGCUACAUAUGUGCUCUCCUUGGUGAUCAGGACUUGGCAUUCAUUACGCGUGACCCGAGGUUGUCAUGCAAAAUGCUUCCCAAGAUACCUGAAGCACAACUCAACUACCCUACCAUAACGGUGCCACUCAAGACAAGGCCGUUCACAGUGCACAAAACUGUGACAAAUGUGGGCCCAUCAAAUUCCAUAUACACACUGAAGAUGGAGAUUCCCAAAUCUCUUACAGUGCGAGUCUACCCAGAGACACUGGUGUUCUCCAAGGCUGGACAAAAGAUUAGAUAUAGUCUGACGGUGAGCAGCUCUGACAGUGAGAGCUCAAACUUCAUGGAGGGAAGUUUGAGCUGGGUCUCAGUGACCCAUAUUGUGUGCAGUCCGAUCGUUGUCGCACUUUUGUAAGCGGGAAGAGUAUGUGUGGCAUGUGCGAUGUUCUAGAGAAAUUACUGUCUUUUAACUAGUAGGAUUUCCAUGUGUGGAAACUAAUUGAAGUUUGGAUCUGGAGCAUCCAUUGCUCUGUCGCAAAACUGACCACACAUACACUGCCAGUUUGUGAUGUGGUAUCCAUUCUCUAUAACUCUGUUACUUUGAAAAAGAAAAUGAUUUGGUAUCAUAUCAUUUGGUUCAUCAGGUUUGCUUACAUCUACAUGGAAACACACAACACUAUGUUGUUUGGAUACUGAAAUGUGUGUUUUGAAACCAAUUUUUUUAUGCUUCAGAUUAUUUGUGCAUUCAACUAUGUGGACAUGUUCUUAGCUGCAAAUAUUCUGAUGAGGGAUGUGCCUAACAAAAAUGGUUGUGUUUAACUGAAUUAGAUGCAGAUAAAAUCCAAAAGGUUUUGACAUUUGUGUUUAUUUUACGCCCAUAUGCUCCAAACUUACCUUAAUCAUGCCUCAAUAUCGUAUAACAUACAGUAAGUUAUAUUACACCUUUAUUGUGCAGCAGAAUUAAUGCCAUGGUUUUGUUAGAAUUUGUGUCCCUGUAUUUUGCUAGGAAGAUGCUAUUUAUCUUGGUAAAUUUGGAGUGAUUGUGUAACUUUGUUUAGAUAUGUCAGAUAUACAGUUAAGAAACUGCAUUAUUAUUUAUUUUCUGUGAACAUGAAGACUUGCGUUACCAGUUUUAUUUCGAUGAUAUGUAACUUUUACAAGUUAUGUUUUGUUGUGCAGGUGGACACAUUCAGAUUUUAGAAAUAUUAUGCAAGUGCUUGUUCUUGCUAGUGACUGUGAGGAAUAUGGAGUGGCAUGCACGACCACAAAUGGUAUUUCAAGCAGUUUUUUCAUGUUAUGGUCUCCACCCGAGUAACCAAAUUGGGAAAACCCUAGUCGUAAUCCCAAACAGAUAUUGCAUUCUUGAUUGGCAACAGAACAGCAUCCCCAAACCAUUCUGAAAUUCUUGUCUUUUUCACCUUUUUCCUUUAGUUUAUUUGGUGUGAUACUGCUAAGGUGUUCCGCAACUAACUGUAAUUGUUAAAGACACAGUUCUAUUCUUCCUUGAGUUAUUCCAUACCUUAAUAAUCUUAGGUUUGCCAUUUGGACCUUUCUAUGAAACCCCUUCUCUAACAGGUGCAUGCACCAUUAUUUCAUCGAUAAUCAUUUUCAUUUUGCAACAACGUUUACACCAAAUGGUGCUGCAGAUGGAUAAAGUGAUAUCACAUGCUCAAGCUACCCUAGGAACACUUAUGUCAUAGCAAUCAAUAAUUGGUGGCAUUAGUAUGAAGAUAAGCAACAUUGGCAGAUUAAUCAUAUGAUUGUGGCAUUGACAAAACAAAAAUGCCAACACGAUGAUCAUUGGUCAGUAAUUGUUGAUACCAAUUGAUCCCAACUCAAAGUGCCUAUCAGAUGACCAUUCCUCAGCCACCAGACAAGUUCUGUUUGCUCCUGGUUUUACAUGUCUGCAAAGUGAAAGUGGCAUAUGCGGCAAACAGGAACCCUACCAGUACGAUUGUACGCAACAAGGCUGUGUUACUGCCUGUAAAAAAGCGGGCUGCGCUGGUGGGAUUUGCCAUAAAGAUGGUAGUUGCAACUGCAUUAGAUGAGGCUGCCAAGUCCUCUCCAAUUUGUAUUCAGAAUAAGCUUAGGAAAGCAGUUUGAGUUGUCUUCAGUUCCUGGAAUAAGUAAAAUAUAUGCUGAUUCUUUAUUUUCACGUGCUCUUAGUUGAACUCCUAUCAUGCAUGAUGUUUAUUAAUGGAAAUGUCGGUCUUC